UCAGAAAGUAGUGAAACACCAACGCAUGCCGCAAGUAGUUGGGGUUCACAUUCACCUUGGCCCGAUAUUUCUAUCGCAGUUGUGGGCACGUCUCACUGUGGCAAGUCGACAUUCGUAGAGACUGGCUUGUGUGCCUAUGGCCUCUCGAACCCCCUAGCGUGUUCCGUGCCGUUAGGAGAAAAGGGCGCCUUCGAGUACACUUUCCGAACAGGUAGGAUUCCUCGGCCGCACAGUGGUCGUACGCGGAUACUGGGUGUGAUGGAGGUGGACGUCCCUGCUCGAAGCUUGGAUCACGUGUCCAAUACCGACUGUCCCAUCUGGCCUGGCGGCGCUCCCGAUAUCCAAGGUGUACUUAUCUGCUAUGACUGUUCGGAUGAGCAGUCCUUCCAGCCAAUCGAGAGCUUGCUACGAGAAUACAGGGAGCUCAAACUGCCAAUGGUUGUCGUCGCUUGUAAAUCCGAUAUGGAACGUCGAGUCUCGGCGCGUAAGGGGCACGCAUUGGCAAGCUCCUUUGACACCGGUAUCGUCGAAGUUAGUGCUGCUGACGAAGCGGGGAAGGAGAAAAUGCAGCGAUGCUUCGACUGGCUCCUGCGUGCUAUAUUCAAGGAUAAGCGUAUGUCACGGUUCGAUCUUGGCGGAACAUAUCGCAAUCCAGCCUCCCCCGAUGUACUGGAAACGCCGACUUUCUGGGAGCCACCGCGCUCAAGCAAUGCCACACCUACGCCAGGGUCCGUCGCUGCUCCUCACAUGGUACUGUCUACUGCAGGACCGCAGAAGCUCCCGCGAUCAACCUUGUCCUCACACUCCCCGGCUCGCCAAUCACCCCGAUCGCAUACCCGGGUGUGCUCUACCAGUGACCUGCAUGCUGAGGAAGAGAGGAAAGGGAUUGGGGCGAGAGACAAGGACGUGGAGGAUUCUAGCAACAGAGAUGUUCUGGAAUUUCAAGCGAACAUGGCCACAGCGGGUGCGGGUGGACCUGCCCAAGAGGGUCCUUCAGACAUCGGAGAAUCUGCAGAAUCUCUACCUGAUAACAGGGAGAGGGAUGCGCCGGUGCCGUGGGCGACUUUGGAGCAACUUCUGGACAAGCUACUGUUCCUUGCCGUUAGUGGCGAUGAUCCUACUUUCAUAACUCAUUUCUUACUGACUUACCGUCGGUUUGCGACCCCGCGGGGAAUUCUGUUAGCUAUGCAGAAGCGCAUGAUCCAACUCAGCCAAACAUCGGCCGACCCGAUGUUUGCCUCAUUCGCGCAAAUGAGAAUAUGCCAUCUCCUGGAGAGAUGGAUAAGGGAAUAUCCUGGGGAUUUUGCCGUCAAAGGCACACAAGGGGCGUUCAACGCUGUGUUGAAUUCCAUUCUGGGCAAGACGUACCUAUUACAUUAUGGUUCUGACUUCCUCCCUUUUCGUGAUGCUUUGCCAACACUGGUGGAUCGGGAUGCCGCAUGGGCUUUGAAGACAAAUGAUUUUAUCGAAAUCAGUGAUGACUCGUCCUCGAGUCACCACGGAGACGAUGAAGUGGAGACAGAGAUUCGUGCCACCUCCAGAAUCGAGUCCGCCAGUAUUGACUCGUUUCGCGGACAAGCCCCUCCUCGUGAGCGUAGGCCGAGCUUGCCGCUUACUGCAAAAGCGUUGGUGGCACAAACAUCCUCUCCAUCAGUCAAUUCCAACGAAACAGACCCGUCUGAGAUGUCACACAAGCAGCUCUUGAAGGAGCUGCUGAAGAUGGUGCACGAAGUCAAUAAUCUCGAGUCUGCGCAAAUUGCUCAGGAGAUCACGAGGAUGGAAGCGAGACUCUUUCUCGCUAUUAAGCCUCGACACUGGCUUCAGCAUGUCCUCGUCCCCGGUCGCAAGGAACCGGACAUCGAUCCUAUCGCCCGUUUCAGCCAAGUGUCUAGCCAUCUUGCCGACUGGGUUGUCUCCCUUAUUUUAUGUCACGAUAAGCCGAAAGCUCGCGCAAAGCAAAUAGACAAGUUUGUGGACGUGGCCUCUCAUCUCCGCAGAAUGAAUAACUAUUCAGCGCUGCGUGCAUUUGUCGCCGGCAUCAACAACUCGACCUUUCCGGGGGAUGAGACAAUGUGCCUGUUCAAAGAAAAGUCGGCGCAGAAUCACAAGCUACUUCAGUCCUACGAUGUUUUGCUGCAAUCCAUCCGUUCGCAUCGCGCAUAUCGUAUGGCACUCCGGAACACUAAAGGUCCCUGCAUACCUGCUCUGGAAGUUCAUAUAUCGGAUCUGAUCCGAACGCAGGAAGGCAAUCCUGACUUCAAGCCGGACGAUGGCACCAAAAUACACUGGGGGAAAUAUAAUCUCAUGGGUAAAUUCAUCUCCACAAUCACUCAGUGUCAGGACCAAUGUCGGAACUCUACCGACUAUGACUUCCCUGAGCGACCAAACGUCGCAGAUUUGAUACUAAGGGACUGUAUCAUGGGCGAGGAGAUGCAGCAAGCACGUUUAGCCUCGGUGUCCGACGUGGGGGGCGGGCAAGACGAUAACUACGGUGCUCCUGCAGCCAAGCCCACGUCCCGUGAUUAUGCGCAGUCGACGAAGGAUCCGACGCUCAUAAAGAAGAUCUUUUUCUGGUAAUUGAUUAUAAUCGGACUCAACUAUAUGUACACCGUACCAGUGUUGGAUUUCGGUUCUUAAUGUCCCUUCACAUUGUGUUUCUUAUCCCCCGCACUGUGCUACAUGACUUCGUAUGAUAUUCGCUCUAAUGCCUCG